AUGGCGAUUGAAAUUGUUUCCUCCAGACCCUUGGAUCCCAGAGCUUCUCCUUACAAUACAAUUUAUCCUCGGGAUUUCUACAUCUACCAUAUUCCUCCACCUCUUCCUUAUUAUCGGAUUUUGCCACCAGUUCUACCACGUCCACCAUAUUUCUGGUCAUACAAUGCUCAUCAACAGCCGUUGCCCGCCAAGUCAUUACCACUACCACUUCCUCCACCACCAUCUCCUGGAAAAAAGAGCAAUUUCUCUCUGGCUUCGGUUCCUUCGGGGCCCAGAAUCCCCAAAUCCCGGCUCACUGGACGCCACCGGAGAGUUAACAAGGUGGUUCGCUUCGGAAGCCAUGGUUGCGGCGGAACUGAAAUGAAGACGCAGUUGAAGCCGGUGGAGAAAAAAACAACUCUGGAAAAAGUUGGGCGUGGAGGAAAAAGACGUUGGAAAAACAGAAGUGGAGAGUAUCAAGAGAUUUUGCCACUUGAUACUGAAACUUCAUCUGUCAUGAUCAAAAACAUUCCGAAUAAAUACACGAGAAAGCUGCUGAUACAAACUUUAGACGAUCAUUGCAAGCUUGUGAAUCAAAAGAUCAACAAUGACUCCAUUGAUGAGAAGAACUCGAUUUCUGCUUACGAUUUUCUGUAUCUUCCGAUAGAUUUCAACAAUCGAGUGAACGCUGGAUUCGCGUUUGUGAACUUUACAACUCCAGAAGCUGCUUCGAGAUUUAGGGACACCUUUCAUGGCAAACAUUGGGACUUCUUUGGGAGUCCGAAGGUAGCAGAAAUUACAAGAGCCCGAAUUCAGGGCAAAAGGCGUUUAGUGAACAAUUGCAAAACUAUGGACUUCUCGUAUGGAUCCGAAGAAGACAUGCCCGUUUCGUUUGAACCGGCAAGAGAUGGGUCGGAUGGUGUUCAUUCGAAGAUGACCGUACUUGGAAGGAGUAGGGGUGGUGGACUUGGGCACCUGAGCUAUCUUGCUUAUGGCAGGGUGUUGGGGUCCACCCCUUUUGAUCAUCUGUUAGGUCUAAUAUCAUGUUGUAAAAGGUUACUUCGAAACUGA